UGUCAAUUCAUUGUUUUGAAUACGGACGGCUACACCGAAACAGAAAAUAUAUCUGUUGCUGUAAAUCGAAAUCGAAACGCAACGCAUAUCGCUCAUUGUUUUAUCAAUCUUUGUUCGUUUUCCUAAAAUUAAUUAGGAUUUGCGCAUUAGUAUACACCAAUAACUUCUUAAAUAGUGAUUUAAGAGCUAAGAGAAAAUGGCAGAUAUCAUCUCCCAAGAUCAGGAACAACAAGUUAAGAAACUGAAAAGAUUGCUAGAGGGGUGGCGCAUGGCCCUGCUGCCUAUCAGAUCAAUAAUCUUGUGGGAACAGCAAUGGUACCCUGCUGCCAUAGUUGGAGUGCUCAGUUUCCUAUACUUUUUCAUCUGGCUAAUGGAUUCAAAUUUCCUGACAACAUUCGCAAUUGUGGGAAUUUUCCUUAACUUUGUGGAUUUCAUUGUGCCUAUCAUUUGCACAUCUCUGUACGGCCCCAGUGCAUGGACUGGACAGAAGGAGAAGGUGUUUGAAGACAUCUGCAAGGCUAUAGUGAGGGACUACAACAAGAUUCUGAACCAUGUUCAAUUGUUCUUUUCAUUCAGGGAGACCAGUCCAGUGCUGUACUACAUAAUAUCUAUGUGCUUGCUGUGCGUACUGGGCUGGAUUUCCUCCGCCAUGAACAAUGUCCUGCUGCUGUACAUCCUGUCCAUCGGCCUGCUGCUGUGGCCCGGCAUCCAGCACCGAGGCAUCUUCAACAUGGUGCUCUCCAUGGUCAACAUGGGACCCAAGACAAAGUACCUUAAGCCAGAAUAGACAACCAGUCUAACUAGCUUUUAGAGGCCCCACACUAGCAUUUACACAGUGUCAGUGUUUAUUCGAGUCUAUAGCCUCUCGAUGCAAAUCGGACACAACUAUGCAAAGGGUCUAUUUUCCAUAGUGUUGGCUAGGCACCAACACUCAAAAGACGCUAAUGUGGGGUGACCCUUAAUCCAAUGUGAUUUGUCUGGUCAUUAUGAAAUUUAAGUUUUAAGCUUAGCUUAUUCAAUUUGAGCUUUAAAUUUUAGUGUAUGGUUACUGUGUGAUACAUUUGAUUGACUGUUAGGAUGUUCUGGUUAUUAUUUUUACUUUGCUCCCCUGUUAUUGUUAUGGGUAUCAGGAAGUAUUAAAUAAACUCACCAUUAUUUAUUUA